GAGAGGGAGAGAGAGAGAGAGAGGGAGGGGAAAAUCAAUUCGGUAAAAUUGUGUAUAUUUUUAUAUAUGUGAAAGAGAGUAGCCAUGGUGUCCGACCAAGAGAUAGCUAAAGGAGUUGAGAUUCUUCUCAGUCAAUCCGACCCUAAAUCAUUCACAACCCUAAGCGAUGUUGUUCAUCAGCUUGGAGAAAAAUUAGGGUUUGAUUUGUCUCAUAAAGCCGUCUUCAUCCGUGACCAAAUCAAUCUCCUUCUCUUUCGAUCGCAAUCUCACUACCACAACCCACCACCACCACCGCCGCCGCCGCCGCAGCCCUCCGUUCCUCAGCCCGUCACUACCUCGGGAAUUGCGAAGGACCAUUUUGCCCUACAACAGCAACAACAUGCUCAAUAUCAUUUUGGCCAACCACAGCCUCAUGUCCCUCAGCCUCCGCCUCAAUUUCACCAUCCCCAUUUCGCCCUUCAACAACAACAGCAGCAGCAGCAGCGACAACAACAACGUCAGCGUCACCCUGUUGAGCUUAAUUUCAGUAAGCCUACGGCACCGUCACAGGCGGUGGUGCUUUCUCCUUCGCCUCAGCCGACACAAGUGCAGCCGUUACCGGAGGUGAAAACUGAGGGAGGAGUUGUUGUUCAGGAUGCGGUUGGCAAAUCGUCUGAAAAGGCCAAAAAAGGGGGUUCAGCAGGAACCAAAAGAAGAGGUGGACCAGGGGGCCUUAAUAAACUCUGUGGUAUUACACCUGAGCUUCAAGUUAUUGUUGGCGAGUCAGCAUUAUCAAGGACUGAUAUUGUGAAGCAGCUAUGGGCAUACAUUAAGAAAAACAACCUCCAGGAUCCAGGCAACAAGAGAAAGAUAAUUUGUGAUGAUGCCUUGCGUGUUGUAUUUGAAACUGAUUGCACUGAUAUGUUCAAGAUGAAUAAGUUGCUUGCCAAGCAUAUCAUCCGACUCGAACCUACAAAAGAAUCAUCUCGUAAAAGAUCGAAGGUCAAAGUUGAACCAAUAGUCGAGCCUAAAGCUGAAAGUACAGAUAAUGUUCCUUGUCAAGUUAUAAUUUCUGAUGCACUUGCCAACUGUCUGGGUACUGGAGAAAGAGAAAUGUCCCAAUCGGAGGCUUUGAGGCUUGUUUGGGAGUACAUAAAGGUUAAUAACCUUGAGGAUCCUCAAAAUCCAGUGAUGAUCCUAUGUGAUGCAAAGCUUCGGGAGCUCUUUGGAUGUGAAAGCAUUUCUGCAAUGGGAAUACCUGAGUUAUUGGUCCGACACCAUUUAUUCAAGCAAUAGUGUUAUCAACUUACAUGGACUGAUAUGCAAAGGAAUUCACCGCCUAAUAGUUAAUGGUUGGUCUGACAUAUGCCCUGUGAAGAAAGUCGUAGUUUUUUGUUUUCUAAAAAGUUUGGGUGUUUGAUGGUUUCGCUGACAUGAUUAGAUCGUAACAUGGGUUGCAACUUGUUUUAUGUAGAAGUUGAACGAAAUGUGACUGGAUAUGGAUAUGGUUUUCUUGAUCUUAUGUUUAGCUGUUUUCCCUUUGUAAAUGCCUAACCUUGGAUACAAUGUAGUUUGAUUAGUCUUCAA